UUUCUCUACAGGGCGAUUUAAUCUUUUCGCAUCAACGUUGUGUCGGUAUUUUAAUUUCUCGGACUGUGACUUGAUAUUUCGACAAAAAAAAUCUUUACCCUUGCCCCGUACAUGUCAAUAUUUUGACCCCUCUUUCAUAUACACAGACAACAGUAGCCAGCAUGCUUCGUUAUACUUCCAAGUUAGUCAACAUUACUGCCACUAGACAAACUGCUCGUAUGACCAGUGCCUUGUGUGCCAGACGUUUCUACAGUACUGAACAACCCCUCCCUACUCCUGGUGGCAACACUACUGUCGACCCUAAAAUUACUGCCAUUGUUGAUCAAAUUGAAGGUUUAACAUUAUUGCAAACAUCUGAACUUGUUGCACAAUUGAAGACCCGCUUGAACAUUCAAGAUAUUGCUAUGCCCGUUGCUAUGCCUACUGCUGGCAGCGGUGCCGCACCUGCUGCAGCUGCUGAAGAAGAAAAGCCUGCAGAAAAGACCGAGUUCAACGUCAAGAUUGAUAAAGUAGAUGCUGCUGCAAAAGCUAAAGUGAUUCGUGAAGUAAAGAAUUUGGCAGGUUUGAAUUUGGUUGAAGCCAAGAAGUUUGUCGAAAGCGUACCCAAGGUAUUGAAGGAGAGUGUUCCUAAAGAAGAAGCCGAAAAAUUAAAGAAGGCACUCGAAGCUGUUGGUGCUACUGUUAACUUGGAAUAAAUAUAGAAUCAAAGAGAAGAAAAAGUGUAUAAAAUGUGUAUUAAUAAAAACAAAAAAAAAAAGAAAGUCUUUUGUAGAGAGCAUCUUUGAUGUAGUACAGGUAGCCUUAUUUACACAUUCAACA